UGUAAUGCUUUUAUUUUUAUCGAUUUACUUUGUACUUUGGUUUAUUUUGAUUUUGUUGACCAUUUUACAAUCAAUAUUCCCCCAUGAGACAACUGUAUCUCUCCCCCCCCUCUCUCUCUUCAGCCUCUUGCCCCCAUUGCCUUUUUUCAGUUAAUAACUUUGUAGGCAGCUAUGCAUACCUUUUCACUGUUGGCAUAGUAGUUCAAACAUCUUCAUUCUCCCUAGUCACUCCUUCUGUCCUAAUGCUUUUUGCCUCACACUGACCUAUGACCCCCCAACCCUGGGUCAAACCCCCUUCCACAGGAAGAAAGGCUUUAUGCUUAAAUUUGGCAGUAAUAACACAUUCAGUUUAUGAACAAGACCUGGUCAGUUGGUUUUGGAGGGAAAAUGCUGGCUCGGCCUUUUAGGAUAAAUGAGCUGAUGAGAAGUUUAGUUAAUCUUUGCAAUGCAAAAGGUAAGAUGGCCUCUAACUAAUCCACUACACUCCAUUUUUGUUAAAUAGAGAACCCACCACUCUUAUGGCCUUAUCCAAACCCUGCAGAUUUGCUAGUCUUUUACCUUAUAUAUUUGAUCCCUUGCAAACCCUUAUGCAAUAUAUACUGGAUUGUUAGUUGAAGCGUAAUGAUCUUAUCUUGGGUUUUGAAUUAAAGCUCAAAGUUUACGUUUGUGGUUUGGUGACAUUGGAGUUGAAGAGUAAUCACUUUGAGGUUACAGGCCAUCCUAUCUGGAGGGGGGGGGGGGGGUGGGGAGGAGCUCAGGGAGCGUCCCACCCCCGUGCUCAUUCACUCCGCCCCCCGCGCGCUUGCUGAGGACCGGUGGAGUGUGCGCGCUCAAAGCUGUCUUCCUGACCCCACAGCUAUGCCAAAAUAAGGCUCCAACAGACCUCUCACUGCUCUCAAUCUUCCAAACAGUCCCUUAAGUUUAGUUCAGUUACUCUCAAAUGUAUCCCAAAUCUUGCUUAAUUGUCCCAAGUAGUGUCUGGUAAGGUGGGUUUGUAGUGGUAUAGUCCCUGCCCUCUAAGAGCAAGAGGCUGGCCCCAGCUGUGUCAGGCAGACAACUCACCUUCUGCACUCUGCCGCCCGCGACAGUCUGCUGGGUUAGACAGAGCGAAACCAUGAACGCGCAGCACCAAGCAUUGACCUCUUUUUCAGAGCUGUGGAGAGGCUUCUAGAUACCAAUCAUUAAAUCUCCAGACUUUUCUCCCUACUUCAUUGGCCAGGACUACAAGAAAGCAGGACAGGAUAAGGAAAAAGUAUUCAUAAAAAAUAAAAAUAAAACUUUGGGGGAAAAGGGGGGUAAUAUAAAAAGUAAAGAUCAUUACUUCUUCCCUUUUUUCCCUGAGGAUGCUACAAUGAUUCAUUCCCAAAGCACUGUAAUCAGCUCAUUUGGUAAAGGUCAAGCCAAUUAGCCUCCCUCCUCCUCUGCCUCAAUUGUUGGGACCUAAGAUUAAGUUCUUCCAUAGUGAUCAGUAAAACCACACCAGAGCCUUUCUUCCCCUCCCUGUCCCUCGUUUGGACAUGUAUUUAUUUUCUUGUAAAAAGAAGAAAAACAAUUCAUGCAUGUAAUUAGUUAGAAUACGUUGUGUUGUUUUUCUAUGACUUCUUUUGUUGAAGACAAAAAAUCCAUAUGCAGAGAUAAAAGGAAAAUGUGUUUGCAAACUUAUACUAACGUGAUUGUUUUCUUAUUUUGUCUCUUUUGGUUUUUCCAAGACUGAUAUUGUUAUUUAGAAGGUUUCAGGUGGGUGACAGAGUAUUCCUGCGUAGGUGACUGGCGGACAGGAACUCUAGGGCAGCCUCAGUCCUCACCUCCUCUUCCAGCCAGCCGCGGCCACCUCUCUGACACACUCAGAAAAUAUGGCCUGUUACCUGAAAGCUAUUGAGACGCAGCCCAACUUUGCAGUGGCCUGGAGUAACCUGGGCUGUGUGUUUAAUGCCCAGGGAGAGAUCUGGCUGGCCAUUCACCAUUUUGAAAAGGCAGUGACUUUGGAUCCCAACUUCCUUGAUGCCUACAUCAACUUGGGCAACGUUCUGAAGGAGGCUCGCAUAUUUGACCGAGCUGUAGCGGGCUACCUUCGUGCCCUAAGCCUGAGUCCCAACCAUGCUGUUGUCCACGGCAACUUGGCAUGUGUGUACUACGAGCAGGGCUUGAUCGACCUGGCCAUCGACACGUACCGCCGAGCCAUUGAGCUGCAGCCACACUUCCCAGAUGCCUAUUGUAAUUUAGCCAACGCCCUCAAAGAGAAGGGCAAUGUAAGAAAGCACACGGUGUCUGAGGCUGAAGAGUGUUACAACACAGCCCUACGUCUGUGCCCGACACAUGCCGACUCCCUCAACAACCUGGCCAACAUCAAACGUGAGCAGGGAAACAUUGAGGAGGCUGUACAGCUCUACAGGAAAGCCUUGGAGGUUUUCCCAGAGUUUGCUGCAGCUCAUUCUAACCUGGCCAGUGUGUUGCAGCAGCAGGGGAAGCUCCAGGAGGCACUCAUGCAUUACAAGGAGGCCAUCAGAAUCAGCCCCACGUUUGCAGACGCCUACUCUAACAUGGGUAACACCUUGAAGGAGAUGCAGGAUGUUCAAGGGGCUCUGCAGUGCUACACCCGCGCUAUUCAAAUAAAUCCUGCCUUUGCAGAUGCACACAGCAACUUGGCUUCUAUACACAAGGACUCUGGUAAUAUUCCAGACGCCAUAGCUUCCUAUCGGACAGCACUGAAGCUGAAACCUGACUUCCCUGAUGCUUACUGCAACCUGGCUCACUGUCUGCAGAUUGUGUGUGACUGGACAGACUAUGAUGAGCGUAUGAAGAAACUGGUGAGCAUUGUUGCAGACCAGCUGGAAAAGAAUCGUCUGCCCUCGGUGCACCCCCAUCACAGCAUGCUGUACCCGCUCUCCCAUGGCUUUCGCAAAGCCAUCGCCGAACGCCACGGAAACCUCUGUCUGGACAAGAUCAACGCCCUUCACAAGCCACCCUAUGAGCACCCUAAGGACCUGAAGACCAGUGGCGGCCGUCUGAGGGUGGGCUAUGUCAGCUCUGAUUUCGGAAACCACCCCACCUCCCACUUAAUGCAGUCCAUCCCUGGCAUGCACAACUCUGAGAAGUUUGAGGUGUUCUGCUAUGCCCUGAGCCCAGAUGACAGCACCAACUUCCGUGUCAAAGUGUUGGCCGAAGCGCAUCACUUUACUGACUUGUCCCAGAUACCCUGUAAUGGUAAGGCUGCCGAUCGUAUCCAACAGGAUGGACUCCACAUCCUGGUCAACAUGAACGGCUACACAAAAGGUGCCCGCAACGAGCUCUUUGCACUGCGCCCUGCUCCCAUCCAGUGCAUGUGGCUGGGUUACCCUGGCACCAGUGGAGCUCCUUUCAUGGACUACAUAAUCUCAGACAAAGAGACGUCACCCAUUGAGGUUGCAGAGCAAUACUCUGAAAAACUGGCCUAUAUGCCCAACACCUUCUUCAUAGGAGACCAUGCUAACAUGUUCCCCCACCUCAAGAAAAAAGCAGUGAUUGACUUCAAGUCAAAUGGCCACAUCUUCGACAACAGAGUUGUGCUAAACGGCAUUGACCUGAAGGCCUUCCUGGACAGCCUGCCCGAUGUAAAGGUUGUAAAGAUGAAGUGUGACAUCCAGGAGUCCUCAGACAACAAUGGGGCUCUCUCCAUGCCUGUCAUCCCCAUGAACACUGCAGCAGAGGCCAUCAUCAAUAUGAUCAACCAGGGACAGAUUCAGGUCACCAUCAACAGCUUUACUGUCAGCAAUGGACUGGCCACCACACAGAUCAACAACAAAGCUGCCACCGGAGAGGAGGUGCCACGCACCAUUGUGGUGACGACCCGCUCCCAGUAUGGCCUGCCAGAGGAUUCAAUCGUCUACUGCAACUUUAAUCAGCUCUACAAGAUAGAUCCUCCUACAUUGCAGAUGUGGGCCAAUAUCCUGAAGCGUGUGCCCAACAGUGUGCUCUGGCUGCUGCGUUUUCCUGCUGUGGGGGAGCCCAACAUUCAGCAGUAUGCCCAGAACAUGGGCCUGCCUGCCUCCCGCAUCAUCUUCUCCCCUGUUGCACCCAAGGAGGAACAUGUGAGGAGGGGCCAGCUUGCCGACGUGUGUCUGGACACCCCACUCUGCAACGGCCACACCACGGGCAUGGAUGUACUCUGGGCUGGUACACCCAUGGUCACUAUGCCAGGUCGGUCUUUAAAUGACAACUCUUUCCGUACAGGAGAGACUUUAGCAUCACGCGUGGCUGCUUCCCAGCUCACCUGUCUAGGUUGUCCUGAGCUCAUUGCCCUCACCCGUCAAGAGUAUGAGGAUGUGGCCGUCAAACUAGGCUCUGACAUGGAAUAUCUGAAGAUGAUCCGAGCUCGUGUGUGGAAACAGCGUAUCUGCAGCCCCCUCUUCAACACAAAGCAGUACACCAUGGACCUGGAGAAGCUCUACCUGCAGAUGUGGGAGCACCAUGCUGCUGGGGCCAAGCCUGAACACCUGGUGAACUUGCAGCCCAUCGAGAGUAGCGAGAGUGCCUGAAGCGGCUGCACGCUUUAAAACCCUAACCCCUCCUUCCCCAACCCUAUUCCUUUUUACCUUCACUCCUUACCCUUAUGCCAAACCGUGACCCCUAAUACCCUGCCCUGUCAAUGGGACUGUUGUGGAACCUGUUGGUAUAAUUCGCCUUUCUUCCUUUUCUCCUCCCCUCAUCAUCAUCAUUUAACUGCAUGUGUGUCAACGAGCCAGACGGAGAGCCUGAUUCAUCCCACCCCCUCCUCCAUCCACGCCACACACUCACCUAUGCCCCAGCUCUUCACCUGAGACUAUAGCCCCACCAACCGCCACUGCAUCCAGAGAGAGUGGGGAGAAAGAUAAAUACCCCAAACCAUUCCCCCCUCAUCCUCGUAUGUCAGAAACAUGCAGUCCAAUGUGUGAUUUUCAGCCGUCUUUUGUGUGUAUAUGGGACUUGUUGGGGGCUCAUUGUGGAGAAAGUCCCUGAUCACUUCCCAAGGCUCCAUCAAGUUGUGGUCUACUUAUAUUUGGAUGAAGUGUGUCAGUGUGUAAAAGGGACUAUGUGAAGAUGUAACAAAAAGUUGAAUGAGUUUAACAUGAUGCACAUGUAAAACUUUCUUUUUUUCAUUAGUUUGCAACUGCUGGGUUUUGUUCGUUAUCUUUAAAGCUAUUGAGAGAGAGAACAUGUUGUAGGGAAAUAUAGAUGUUUCAGUUAUCUUGGGAUUGAGAGAGAUUGGUUCUUUUCUUUCUUUUAUUUGCCAAAUGCCCACUUUUAGUUGUUUGUUUUUUGUCACGUGUCAAUGUAAGAAAAAUGCUCCCAUAGAUUUUUCUUGGCCCCUGCUGAGUGACACACACCAUACUUGGAAGGGAACAGUGGGCUGGGCAGACAGAAGAGUAACAGUAUGUUUUCCUUAGAAAUGGUCAGGGUUUAAAAAUCAAAGAAAUUGACUGUACCCUAAAUUCUAUCACUCUAACGAGGAACAAACUAGGUAAGUAUUUUCUAAACAGGUUUUGUUUUGUACUCAUCUAUUUUAUUUAUGCACUGUCAAUGGUAUACUGCAACGCUCAGACUCAAUCUGUUGAAAUAAAGAAAUAUGGCAAAUCAUGUGGAA